AUGGGGAAGACUCUCCUGAUGCUGCUGAUGACGGUGCUGGUGUCCCUGCCUCCCACGCAGGCACAGAGGCAGUCUUCAUCGUCGACGCAGACUCCAGCUACAGGCCCGGAAGACUGCCCUGAGGAAGUGUCCAGGGGUUGCUUUUUAUUACUUGCUCCCUUCCUGACACGAGCUGACCCGAAUGACUGCUCCAAGUACUGCCAGUGUACUGGCAACGACAGCGGCAUCAUAGUACCCUGUCCAGCCAACAUGUACUACAACGAUAUACUUAAUAUUUGUAGCUUUCCUUCCUGGGUGAACUGUGGAAUCCGCCCCAAACCUUCAUAGAGUUCCAGCAGCAUCCACCACCAGAUACCACCAGCACAUACCACCAGAUACCACCAGCAGAUACCACCAGCAUCCACCACCAGAUACCACCAGCAUCCACAACCAGAUACCACCAGCAUCCGCCACCAGAUACCACCAGCAUCCACCACCAGAUACCACCAGCAUCCACCACCAGAUACCAUCAGCAUCCACCACCAGAUACCAUCAGCAUCCACCACCAGAUACCACCAGCAUCCACCACCAGAUACCAUCAGCAUCCACCACCAGAUACCACCAGCAUCCACCACCAGAUACCAUCAGCAUCCACCACCAGAUACCACCAGCAUCCACCACCAGAUACCAUCAGCAUCCACCACCAGA